AAAAGGAAAAGAGAAUGAAAAUGGGAGAGAGAAGAGGAGGAGGAGGAGGAGGUUGGGCAAGUGCGAGUAUGGAUCUGCUACGGUCGGAGCCGAUGCAAUUGGCGCAACUCAUCAUUCCCGUCGAAUCUGCUCACCGCACCAUCUCCUAUCUCGGCGACCUUGCCCUCUUUCAGUUCACAGAUCUCAAUGCAGAGAAGAGCCCGUUCCAGAGGACGUAUGCUGCUCAGAUUAAAAGAUGUGGGGAAAUGGCUCGCAAGCUUCGUUUAUUCAAGGAUCAAAUGACAAAAGCUGGUUUGUCACCCUCAACAAGAAUUACUAGAAGCAAUGAUAUUGAUCUGGACAACUUGGAGGUCAAACUUGGAGAACUUGAAGCUGAGCUGUUAGAGAUGAAUGGAAACAAUGAAAAUUUACAACGGUCUUAUAAUGAGCUAGUAGAAUAUAAGCUUGUUCUGCAGAAGGCUGGUGAGUUUUUCUAUUCAGCUCAAGGCAGUGCUGCAGCUCAGCAGAGAGAAAUUGAAGUGCAGCACAUUGGUGAAGGAUCCAUGGACAGUCCUUUAUUACUGGAACAGGAAAUGAUAACAGACCCAUCAAAGCAAGUUAAGCUGGGGUUUGUUAGUGGUCUUGUUCCAAGAGUAAAAUCAAUGGCUUUUGAAAGGAUUUUAUUUCGCUCAACCAGGGGUAAUGUGUUUUUGAAGCAAGCUGUGGUGGAAGAUCCUGUCAUUGAUCCUGUUUCGGUAGAGAAGGUUGAGAAAAAUGUUUUCAUUAUCUUCUAUUCUGGAGACAGAGCAAAGAACAAGAUUCUGAAAAUAUGUGAUGCUUUUGGAGCAAACCGUUACCCCUUUGCGGAUGACUUAGGCAAACAACUUCAGAUGAUCACAGAGGUGUCUGGAAGACUUUCAGAGCUGAAGACUACUAUAGAUGCGGGGCUGCUGCAUAGGAACAAUCUACUACAGACAAUUGGAUAUGAAUAUGAGCAGUGGAACCUUCAGGUGAAGAAAGAAAAGUCCAUUUACCACACUUUAAAUAUGCUGAGCUUUGAUGUGACAAAGAAGUGUCUUGUUGCAGAAGGUUGGUGUCCUAUUUUUGCAACUAGUCAGAUUCAAAAUGCACUCCAGCGGGCAACCUUUGACGGCAACUCACAAAUUGGGGCCAUUUUCCAGGUUUUGCAUACAAAGGAAUCACCACCUACCUAUUUUCGCACAAACAAGUUUACUUCUCCGUUUCAAGAAAUUGUAGAUGCAUAUGGGGUUGCCAAGUAUCAGGAAGCAAAUCCUGGUGUAUACACAAUUAUCACAUUCCCUUUCCUUUUUGCUGUUAUGUUUGGUGAUUGGGGCCAUGGUAUAUGCUUGUUGCUGGCAACAUUAUAUUUCAUAAUCAGAGAAAAGAAACUUUCCAGUCAGAAACUUGGAGACAUCAUAGAAAUGACUUUUGGUGGCCGUUAUGUUAUCUUGAUGAUGGCGUUGUUCUCAAUCUACACAGGAUUGAUAUAUAACGAGUUCUUUUCAGUCCCAUUUGAAUUAUUUGGGCCCUCUGCCUAUGGAUGUCGUAACCCAUCCUGCAGUGAUGCUUAUACUGUGGGUUUAAUAAAGGUGCAUAACACAUAUCCAUUUGGCGUGGACCCUAAGUGGCAUGGUAGCCGUAGUGAGUUACCAUUUCUUAACUCAUUGAAGAUGAAGAUGUCAAUUCUACUUGGAGUAGCCCAGAUGAAUCUUGGAAUUAUACUGAGUUACUUCAAUGCAAAAUUCUAUGGAGAUGACAUAAAUAUCCGAUACCAAUUUGUUCCCCAGAUGAUAUUCUUAAACAGCCUGUUUGGCUACCUUUCGCUCCUCAUUAUUGUGAAAUGGUGCACUGGUUCACAAGCUGAUCUGUAUCAUGUGAUGAUAUACAUGUUCCUGAGUCCUACUGAUGAUCUGGGUGAAAAUCAACUUUUUGUUGGUCAGAAAUUCCUUCAGCUUCUGUUACUACUAUCAGCCCUUGUUGCUGUACCAUGGAUGCUGUUCCCAAAGCCUUUUCUCUUGAAGAAACAAAAUGAAGAAAGGCACCAAGGUAAAUCCUAUGCAUUACUUCACAGCAUUGAUGAUCCUCUUGAAAUGGAAUCUCAUCAUGAUUCCCAUGGUGAUGAGGAAUUUGAGUUCAGUGAGGUCUUUGUACACCAACUUAUACAUACCAUAGAGUUUGUGCUCGGAGCAGUGUCUAAUACAGCUUCAUAUCUACGUUUAUGGGCCCUCAGUCUAGCUCAUUCAGAGUUGUCUAGUGUAUUUUAUGACAAGGUUCUACUUCUAGCCUGGGGGUUCAACAAUGUCAUUGUUCUUAUUAUUGGCAUUAUCGUUUUUGUAUUUGCAACUGUUGGUGUGCUACUAGUGAUGGAAACACUAAGUGCAUUCCUGCAUGCAUUACGACUUCAUUGGGUGGAGUUCCAGAACAAGUUCUACCAGGGAGAUGGUUAUAAAUUCCAUCCAUUUUCAUUUGCAUUACUUGGUGAGGAGGAUGAAUGAUACAGCGCUAUGAGUUCGGUCAUAAGCUAAAAGAUAGGAGACAAUAUUGAUCACAUUAAAAUUUCUAAAGUAUAUAAUUCAUCAAUUCUUUCAUAUGAAGUAGAUUUUAGAAAGGUAACAUAGCAAUUGCUGGCUAGUUCGGGGAAAGCAACUUUCUCACAAUUCCCUGCCCACUUCCCACUUCCUGUUGCUUAUUCUUUUAAAUAAAGAGCCUUGCCAAUAAGGCUGCCAAAUGUAUAUUGUUAGGAAUCUACCUGCAACUGGAGAACAUGCUACUCGUUUCUCCCAUAAUACAGUUAAAAGAAUUACUUUAUUAUUUGCUAGGCUGAUAUUAGUCUGUUGUAGCUUCUUGUACAAUUUGUCUGUUGCCUUUUUCUUUCUGUAGAGCUGUUGUGAAGAUAAGGGAGCUGUAAUUGUCUUUAAUGAUUACUUAAUUAAUGAUUGAUUUUAAACUA